UUCAGUCUCGACUGACUCGCGAAUCGUUCUAGUUCGGUUUGUUAGAAUUUUAUGUGUUUUUCCGUGCUUCUGUGAAAGGAAAGUAAUCUGUGUCAUCGUCGAUCCAGCAGCGAAGGAGCAGAGGUGAUAGUGUUUGUAAACAACAACAACAGCUACGCUCCGCCGUCAAACAACCAACAAAACAACCACGUGAUUCUCUCAUCCCGCUCCCGAGAGCGACAUCAAACGCACACAAACGUAUCAUCAGACCACAAGGGGCCUUCCACUGCGGAAAAUAGCAACCAUGUCGCUCAGUCAAGUUCUGAACGUCUGCCCAAAGAGUGCCAUCGCUGGACUGGGACUAGUACCAGCCAUCGGCAGUGGAACAGCAGUAGCUAGGAGAAGUGUGGGCCGUGUAUCAACAUUACUGCUAUCAUCGACCGUCAGCGGCCAGCAGCCAGAAACGCGAAACAUGUCGACGUCACCCUGCGUCUACAAACAAUGCAUCACGCUGGAUAACAUCAAUCCGGCCAUCAAGUUGAUGGAAUACGCCGUCCGUGGUCCGCUCGUGAUCCGGGCUGGUGCCAUCGAGAAGGAACUGGAGCAGGGCGCCAAGAAACCGUUCAAGGAAGUCAUCCGAGCCAACAUUGGUGAUUGCCACGCCAUGGGACAACAGCCGAUCACAUUCCUCCGCCAGGUUCUCGGACUGGUCUCGUACCCCCCGCUAUUCGAGGACAAAUCGAUCCCAGAAGAUGCCAAGCAGCGCGCACGUGAUAUCCUGUCCGGUUGCAAGGGCCACUCGGUCGGAUCGUACACCGAUUCCAACGGCAUCGAAAUCAUCCGCAAGCAUGUCGCCCAGUACAUUCAGGACCGUGACGGUGGAAUCCCAUCCGACGCGAAUAACAUCAUCCUGUCGACCGGUGCCUCCGGUGGAAUCAAAGUGCUAAUGUCUCUGAUGAGGUGUUCGAUCGAUGGCAAGACGCCCGGAGUGAUGAUCCCCAUUCCACAGUACCCGCUGUACUCGGCGACGAUCGCCGAAUUCGAAAUGGCGCAGGUCGGUUAUUAUUUGGACGAAGCGAACAAGUGGGCACUGGACAUUGCCGAGCUGGAAAGGUCGUUGCAGGAAGCGAAGAAAACAUGUGCCCCGCGGAUAUUGGUCGUCAUCAAUCCGGGCAAUCCGACUGGACAGGUGCUGUCUCGUGACAACAUUGAAAACAUCAUCCAGUUCGCUUACAAAGAGAAGCUGGUGCUGUUCGCCGACGAAGUCUACCAGGACAACGUCUACGAGAAGGGUUCCAAGUUCCACUCGUUCAAGAAGGUGCUGAUGGAAAUGGGAGCCCCCUACAACCAGAUGGAACUGUGCAGCUUCAUGUCCUGCUCGAAGGGCUACAUGGGCGAGUGCGGAAUCCGCGGUGGCUAUGCCGAGGUGGUCAACAUGUGCCCGGACGUGAAAGCCAUGCUGCUCAAGUGCAUUUCCGCCCAGCUCUGCCCGACCACCAUCGGACAGGCCUGCAUGGACGUGGUGGUGCAUCCACCAAAACAGGGUGAGCCAUCCUACGAGUUGUUCAUUAAGGAGAAGAACGCCGUACUGGCCUCGCUGAAGGAACGGGCCGAUAUGGUGGCCCAAACGUUCAACUCGAUCGAAGGAUUCUCGUGCAAUCCAGUGCAGGGUGCGAUGUACGCGUUCCCGCAAAUCCGCCUGCCGGAGAAGGCCAUCGAGGCGGCCAAGAAGGCCGGCCAGGCUCCGGACGUUUUCUAUGCAUUCCAGCUGUUAGAGCAAACCGGCAUUUGCAUCGUCCCGGGCUCCGGAUUCGGCCAGCGUCCCGGCACCUACCAUUUCCGCACCACCAUCCUGCCGCAGCCGGCCAAGCUAAAGGAAAUGUUGGACAUGUUCCGGGCGUUCCACGAAAAGUUCCUGAAGCAGUACAAGUAAAGGCUACCUGCUCCUCCACUAAACACUGAUCAACACCACUCAUCUAGAACAGAAAACACACACACACAUACACACACGCCGAAUUAUCAAAGCAAGAGGGGAUGAUGGGAGAUGGCCUCUGCCAAAUUGCGAGUCGAUCAGCUUCAGUUUAUCGAAAGAACAAACCGGUACCAAUUUAUCAACCCCGGUGACAACGCUGUGAAUCGUGCGAGUCCGCCGGAUGGUGUCGUGAUCUACAUACAUAUACUCCUAUACACACAUUAUAAGCGCGCAUCGCAUCUAUGAUCAUAUUACACUCACAUCGCGCAUUCGACGAAACGGGCCCCCUCGAUGGUUGAGCAAACCAACAGCUAAGCAAUCUAAUUGCAUCGUAGAAAUCGACAUACCGCAAACGUACGUUAGCCUCUAGAUCAGUUAGGCAAUAGGGCGACCACUUUUGGGUUCUUUCUUUAUUUCUUUUUGGCAUUCGACUUCAGUUCUUAGCAAAAUUGGCAAAACCGAAUAUGAUGGAUGAUAAAAGACAAUAAUUAUUUUUGGUCACACCUCUGCGACCAUUUGACGAAUAAUUGGCCAAUUGGAAAUUUUAGUGUGACUCGGAUGGGCGAUAGUCAUCUUGAUAUAUAUGUAGGUAUUUGUAUUUUAACGUGUUCUACAAAACAAGAGAAAAUGUUUAUCUGUGUCGAAAGAAAAAAAUAAUAGUAGAAAGAUCCUGUUGAACUGCUGUGUUAUUCACCAGGGUUUUUAUUAGUCGCUCAUUGACCUCCUCCUGCAAAAGCAAAACACAAAAAACAAACUGUGCAAGUAUAAAUUCUCGUUCGGAUUGAUUAGGAAGAACGGAAACAUGUUAUUGUGAAUAAAGUUUAAAGAAUAUAUGAAACGAA